GACGAUCUUCGGACGGUGUGUACAGCUGCUGCCUGCAGCUCGGAGGGGAGCGGCUGCAAGCAGACGCGUAUGAGGCGAGGAAGUCCGUAGCAGCCUGCGGUGGUCAGGCGAGCGGGAUAAUCAUGGCUAAACCCCCCAACCCGCCGCUUUAGCUCCAACCAAGCCGGCCCCCCACCACCACCACCACCACCCACUUGAAGCCGGAGGACAGGCGGAUAUAUCUUCACACUCCUCCGCAGGCACCGACCGACACGGCGGAGGGCUUCCUCCCCGCUGGAAGAAAUGUGGCUGAACCCGGAGGAAGUCCUGCUGAAAAACGCUCUGAAGCUCUGGGUGACCGUGAGGAGCAACGAUUUCUUCCUGCUGCAGAAGAGGAGAGGCCACGGAGAGUCCACGAACAGGAUAACAGGUCUCCUGGUUGGGGCGCUGGACACGGUGCUGGACUCCAAUGCCAGGGUCACACCAUUCCGCAUCCUGUUGCAGAUUCCUGGCUCUCAAAUCAGCUGGGUCAUCGCCAGCGGAGCCACCAUAGAAGAAGUGAACGAGCACUGGGGCUGGCUGGUCCACAACCUACUUCACUCUCUGUCCGUGUUUGAGAACAAGGAGGAUGCCGUCCGCUUCGUCAAAGGAAAAGUCAAGGGCCUCAUUGCAGAGGAGGUUCAGGGACGCCAGGCCGCUCAGGAGGAGGAGCCAGAAAAGUUCAGGGAGGUCCUUCUGAAGUUUGAGCUGCACUUUAGCCUCCCCGCAUCAGAGAAACUGGUGACCCACUACUCCUGCUGCUGCUGGAAGGGCCGGGUGCCUCGGCAGGGCUUCCUCUACCUCAGCGUCAACCACAUGGCCUUCUACUCGUUUCUGCUGGGAAAGGAAGUGAAGUUGGUGAUUCCCUGGGCGGACGUAACGCGGCUGGAGCGGGUCUCCACCUCUCUGAUGACCGAGGCUAUCCGGGUCACCACCCGCAAGAGGCAGAGGGAGUUCUCCAUGUUCCUGAACCUGGAGGAGGCCUUCGGGGUGAUGGGUCAGCUGGCUGACAUCACCCUCAGGCGGCUGCUGGACAGCGAGGGCCUGGAGCUGGACCGGGUGCUGCAGCAGACGGCACGCAUCACCAAGAGGAUCUUGGAGGAGCAGGCAAUCCGGGAGUACGUCUUGGCUUUGUUUCGGCUCCCCCGCUCAGAGAAGCUGUACGAGGUGGCCUCGUGCUCGGUGUGGACGCCGCACAGCCGCUCCCAUACAGCCGGGACGCUCUACACCACCGACGGCUAUCUGUGCUUCUCCAGCAGAGAGGAAGGCAGCUGCACUCUGCUCAUCCCCCUCUCUGAGGUUUUGUCCAUAGAAAAAGCAGAGAGCACCAGCCCCCUUCCCAACCCGGUAAUUGUGAGCAUGCGGACCAAAAAGGCCUUCCAGCUGAUCGACCUGCAGGAAAGAGACGAGCUGGUGGAGAGCAUGAACUCCAGGCUCCGAGCUCUGCAGUGGAAACACUCGGUGUUCCGCAGCAGGAGGGACAGCAGGAGGAGUGUGACCUCCCCAACACCCUACUACACCUUCUACUAUGACACUGGCCUGUCCGACGAAGAGGAGGUGGAGGAGCAGGUCCUCCGCAACACCGUCAACAGCGAGGCUCUCAUGACCGCCUUCCACCACAGCCAGACCGGAGACAAUGGCAACAAGAGCAUGGAGCCGGUGAAGGAGCGACUGUGGGAGGACCAUUUCACGGAGUUUGGCCGCGGCGUUCACAUGUUUCGCACGGAGAAGAUCCAAAAGCUGGUUGCUAUGGGGAUCCCAGAGUCACUGCGAGGGGAGCUGUGGAUGACGUUUUCUGACGCCUGCUCUGAGCUGGAGUCCCACCAAGGCUACUAUGCCAGCCUGGUGCAGAAGUCAAUGGGCCACAGCAACCUGGCGACGGACGAGAUCGAGCGCGACCUGCACCGCUCGCUGCCGGACCACCCGGCUUUCCAGAACCCCACCGGCAUCGCCGCGCUCAGGCGAGUCCUCACUGCCUACGCCCACCGCAACCCAAAGAUCGGAUACUGUCAGUCCAUGAACAUCCUGGCGUCUGUCCUGCUGCUGUACGCCAAAGAAGAAGAAGCUUUCUGGCUGCUGGUGGCCGUUUGUGAGAGGAUGCUGCCCGACUACUUCAACCGCAGGGUCAUCGGAGCGCAGGUGGACCAGUCGGUGUUUGAGGAGCUGAUCAAGGAGCGUCUACCGGAGCUGGCGGAGCAGGUCCCGGAUCUGUCCACGCUCUCCUCCGUCUCCCUCUCGUGGUUCCUCACGCUCUUCCUCAGCGUGCUGCCCUUCCAAAGCGCCGUCUGCGUGGUGGACUGCUUCUUCUUCCAGGGGAUCAAAGCCAUCUUCCAGCUGGGCCUGGCCGUGCUGGAUGCCAAUGCCGCACAGCUGUCCGCGUGCACAGACGACGGACAGGCACUGCUGAUCCUCACAAGUUUCUUAGAUCAGGUCGGAAAUGAAGAGUCAGAUCGUAUCCCCUCGACCCCCCCGCCCACCGCAGCGGAAAACAGCAGCGGCGAGGCCGACGUUGCCACUGUGAGACACAUAAACAUCAUCGAGCUCAUCAAUGAGGCCUUAGGGAAAUUUGGAGACCUGACGGUGCGGCAGAUCGAGCGCCUCCGCUGUCUGCACAGAAUCCGCGUGCUGCAGUCCCAUGAAGACACCAUUAAGGAAAACACUCUGCGACUUUUGUCCACGGACGUCUCCAUCCGUCCUGAGGAUCUGUCGGACCUUUAUGACCUCUUUAAGACGGAGCACUUCGUCACGCUGUACUGGGGCGGCAGCAGCUCGGCGGCGGCAGCGGAGGCCGCGUCCUGGCAGCACAGCGACCCCGGCCACUCCUUCGUGGAGCGCCAGUACCGACUGGACCGACCCCAGUUCAAAAGCCUCUACGGGCUGCUGGCGCCGUGGCCGUCCGGGUCGAGCCAGCACGCGGACACGCUGGCCAACCGCACCUUCAUCCUGCUGGCCCAGGACCGUGACAACCUGGUCACCUUCAAGGAGUUCGCCAGCUGGCUGGACACGCUGUACUGCGGGGAGCUGAAUGAGAAAAUAAGGCUGCUGUACCGCCUCCACAUCCCUCCAGCUCUGACGGAGAGCGAGGAUGAACCGUCCCUCAGAAGCCCCCUGCUGUCCACCAACCGGCCCCUCUACGUCAACAAGGAGACUCCUGGUCCAGACAGUGGAGAGGAAGUGACAGACUACCAGGAGCAGCUGAAGCAGAUGCUGCAGGAUUUGGCCAAGGAGAAGGAGAAAGAUGCGGACAAACCUCUGCCGCUGAUGAAUCAGCGAGAGUUCAUCCAGUUCUGCAAGACGCUGUACAGCAUGUUCCACGGCGACCCGGAGGAGAACGACCUGUUCCAGGCCAUCGCCACCGUAACCAGCCUCGUGCUGCAGAUCGGCGAGGCGGGCCACCGCGAGCACGCCAAGGCGUGCGAGGAGAAGGCAGCGGGACCCGGCCCGCCGUCCGACGGGGCUCUGGCCGCGGACGACGAGUGGACGGUCAGCUACGCCCAGAUCCUGGCCUCGCUGCUCACCGAGCAGGCGCUGGUGAGCUUCUUCGAAAAGCCGGCGGACCUGACGGCUAGAAUCGCGCAGGCCAAACAGAAUCAGUACCAGCAGCGGGCGAGUUUGCUCACGCUGCAGGGAGGGACCAGGUGACCCACAGGGAGCCAACGCUGGAGCCGCACGCGAGAAGGAAAACGAAGAGAAAUGUUCACGGCGGCAACAUUUGAGCCAGCAGGAGAGGCUAAGAACCUUAAUGCCACAGUUAGUUAAAGCGCAGAAAGACUUUUACUCAAUGCUGCCUUCUAACACCACCACGAUGUCUCAGAGAUCUCCUCUGACCACUUCCUCUGUAACGUUUACACAUUCUGACUAAUUACAGCGUUAUUUAAUUUACCUCCUUGAUUUCACCAACCUGCUGUUUCCAGAAGACUGCCUUAUCGCCACAUCGUACCAACAGACCUUACACACAGAUUUUACUAAAGCUGAAAAAGGUUCUUUUUCUAAUCAUUUUUACCGCUUCCGUUUCUGUCAUAGGAAAUGUUUCCACUUUUCAAUUAAAGACGUUUUUAAAAU